GGAGCCGAGCGAGGAGCCAGACACAAGCCAGGAUGAGGGGAGAGAUGACGUGAAAGUUGAAGAAGACAGAAAGAAAAACAAGAGGAGAAGAGUUGGCGGCGCGGCUGGGAGCCAAGAGCAGAAAACACAAAUCACUUCACCUCUGCCUGCACCGCCAUCUCUUGGAAUGGAAACAAAACUGGAAACCUGCUGACACAGAAUCCCACAGCACUGUGCAAAGGAUAAAGCAGCCGUUUCUGGAGCAGCUCGCUCGGGCAUAAAGCCUGGAGAGGUUGAGCCAGAAUGUCUUCUGAAGGCUUUCUGAAGGAAAUGCAAACCAUCGGUGAGAAGCUUCUCCUUAAGCUCCAGAAACUGCCCAAGGCUGACCCAGUGGAGAUUGUGUCCUUCUGUGUGGUCCUUCUGUUUAUCGCUACUGUUCUGGUGCUCAUGAUCAUUGCCUGUGGUUGCUGCUGCUAUAGCUGCUGUAGCUGCGAUGGACAACCUGACCACAGACGUAGGAAGACCCAAGUCCGCCCAAUUGCCCAUUCAUGAAGUGCAACAAGAGGUGACACAACCUACUAUCAAGGACAUGCGUGGACAUCAUGAUUCAGUCCUAUAGGAAUGACUUUCUACACUAGCUCACUGAAAAUGGCAAUAACAAUAUUCAUUAACGUGACUCAGAGGACCAGAAACCACAGCAUGGAAUUCCUUCUUUCUGUGACCGCCACUGGUGGGCUCCGUGGUGUCACCAGAAAGGUAACGCUACUUUACCAUCACUGUCUCCCUCUUCUAGUGUGGGGUGGGGGUGCAUGGACACACGCUGCUGAGAAACCAGACAUGCUUUCCCAGCGAUGGCCCUGCAGCUGGGCCAGCCAGGGUUCCCUUGGUGAGCAUGGAGCCACGGACCAAAGCAGAGGACACAAACACUGCCACGUGCUGGGCAGCACAAGUGGCUAAUCCAGAAGGAUGGUGCUGGGCGCUAGCGAAACCCACUGAUGUCACUGGGACGUCCAUAUGCUCAGUACAUCUUGGAUCAAGCCCAAACCUCCUCUCUCAAAAGCCACCUGCCACAGACACGUUUAGCUGAGACGUCUGCUGAAAACAACAAAAUUGUGGACUUUCUGAUCCGGACGUGCCAGCGGAGGCUCCGAGUACAGCUGGUAACAAACGCUCCCUGCUUUUAUUUCAUCAGUGUUACAAUGAUGUGAAAUUGCCAAAGAGAAAAAUCAGAUCACGUGCAAUACCCUUUGUAAACAGCAAGAUGAAGGCAAAAGGGAAAAACUCACCAAUUCUAGGGCUUAAUUUGAUCAUUCUGCUGCUAAACGUGCUCCCUCCCCGCUCCCCGUGUGGUUCUGCUCUUCUGCUUAUUGCAGGUGAAUGGUACGUACAGAGCACGGGAGUCACAGGAGAUGAACAAAUCCCUGUCCUUACUUGAGGGACCUGUGUGCCUGACUCCCUGCACUGUGUGCAGUUUAUUUUAGUGGACAUAAACAGUAUGCCUAAGGUAUGUUUAUUAGCAUAAACAAAGGCAUUUCAGAGGAGUGACAUCCAUUAUGGUAACCGUCACUUCAGGGUACACAUGCAGCAGCUUGACAGUGGGCAUUGUGACAAGGCAGAGCCAAGGAUGGGCUGUAUGACUGAACUUAACAAGUGCAAAUAAAUCCCUUUUCCAUGCUGCAGCCACUGUGUAUGUUUGGUUUACACUUCAGUGAACUUCAGAAAGGGAUUUAUGUAAGUACAAGGCUAUGGCACAGGGCACGACUUUCAUAACUGGGACAGCCAAACAAAAGACCAUCAUACUCCACCUCACUCUAAGCCACUGGUCUUUCAGCCCCUAAUGUGAAACCAACCACCUUUAUAUAGAAGAAGGUAUAAAAAGUUACACAUAUAUGGAUAAAUCAUCUUCUACCCCUGUAUUCCAACUAAGUGUAGAAGAGUCAAAGAGAUUACACAUUCAUAUUCCAGAGACAAGAUCUAGCUAGAGAGAAAAGAAUCAAGUUUCUAAAAGGUUUUCAAUAUUCUUCACAGUUCAGAAGCGACAAAAAAAACCCUGAAAACUUUUUAAAGAAACAUCUUUUCUUUGAUCUCUGCACUCAAAUUAGUAAAAAGCCCAUUACGUCAGUAGCUUCUCAUGUAUUUAAUGCACUUUAAUUUUUACAAAGAAACUAGAUUUAGAUAUUUUACAUUUUUGUACUGCUGUAUAUUGGAAUGUGUCUGCAGCUGGUGACACAGAAAAUAGUCUAAAAAUUAAGGAAAAAAAAUUUCCUCAAACUAUCGGUGUUACUUUUAAAUUAAUAAAAGGAAAAACUUUCCAGCAGAAGAUGAGGAUGUUCCUUAGAAAGUAAAUAUUUGAGCUCCCACUUGACAACUACCAACAGAUGACUGCACUUGUGUGAUCAACGAAGACCAACAAAGUGCUGGCCUUUGUCAUGCUGUCCCAAAGCUUUCACUCCCAGCCAAUAUGUUAGGGUGGGAUAAGCUCAAGCUGGCAUCAAUUUACACUAAUCAACAUCCCGAGAUGCCUCACACUAACCUCUCUGUCAGAUAUGUCUUUGCUCCUUUCACUUACAAACUAGCGGCAAUCAAGGUGACAUAGGAAGUCUCAGAAGGUUUUUCGAGGGACACAGACUCAACAGACAUUUCUGUAUCUGAGUUAGGUCACCAGACCUAUGAAAGAACAGAGCUUCCUUUCUUUCCUGGCUUGUGCCAGACAGUGCCAGCUACAGGAAUUAACAGAAUCCCAUUGAGAGCCGUUCCAGCAGCACGGAACCAGUCUGUGCUCACAGUCCGGAGGAAGCUCAGCAGGCUGGAAACAUACCAACGCCUGACAGGUCACUGACACUAGGAAGGAGCUGCCAGGCCUUAUCUCAACAGGAAAAGCUACAAAUACAUGUUUCCCAGUGGUGUUACAAGUUAAACCACUGACAGAUACCAGGCAGGGGGACAAGAGAAAAGGCUCCAGCCUUAGCUAUGCUACUCUUAAGUUCCUCAAUUAGAAAUAGAGAACAAACACAGAACCGUUAAAAUAAAAAAAAAAAAAAGAGAAGGAGAAAAAAAUUAAGCAAUUCUCUAAAGAAUUCAGGUGGCUUUUCUGGAACAGAGGAGCAGCCACCACGUAGAGGAGGGGUCCUGGGACUGAUUUGUACAUGCUUGCCUGAACCACACAGGCCUAAUGUUCUGCUGUGUCCCACUGUACACAGGUGGAUUAUUCCUGUACUUUUUAUUUAGACACACCAUUUUUAUUUAGACACACCAAUUGCUUGCCUGGGCUGGGUGGUGUCUGUCGCCUUCUUGCAUGCAACAGAUCUGGUUGGCCUGAAAGAUGCCCAGCAACCCCCCAGCUUUCUACAGCUCUUCAGUUUCCAUUGAUUAGAAACAUGCCAGUUUCUGGGUCCCUGCUCACCACUCACACAAGCUUUUGUGGUUUUGGCUUCAGUCAUUACCCAUGUAAAGGGAUCUGGAAGGCCCUGAGCAUUAGUGGGGAUGGAGCUUCUCUGUUUCAAAAAGGAGAGACAGAUUCAGAAGAGCACAGAGUAAAGUGAGAUUGCUUAAAACACAGCAACUUCUGUACAUGUUGUGAAAGCCUGAGAGAGCCAGAAGGAACUGCAAGGGAAUACAGUUACUCCAGCCCUGAUGAUACAAGUGUUGAAAUAGUUUCUUUCCCUGAGGAACCUGAAAGAGACGGUGAGGCUGCCUCUCUGCAGAAGUGGUUGGACUGAUGGCUUAAUGGGAUAGCUUCCAUUCUGUAACAUCAUCCCUCUGGUUUCAAAGUGAUUUGCUUGGCUUGUGAAAAACAAGUUUCCUUUUACAGACACAGAAUCUCACACACCAUAGUCUCCUCCUUCUCCCCUCCCAUCUCUCCCAGCACCAUCCCUCUGGUCUUCUUCAGUUGGGAAAGCACCAGGGAGUCAGUUUUAUUGCAGCUGAACAGCAGUGCAAGGCUCUGUACUGAGUGUAUCCUCCUAAGCUUGUCAUGAUGAAGUUUGGACUGGAGGGCAGUCUUGUUCACACUCUCAUUUUAGACAUGGCAAUCUCCUAACAGAGCUUACAAUACAGAUCCAAGCCCUCUUCUCUCCACCACGACCUGCAGCCUUCCCCACUCAGGGGACAUAGCAGGCAUUUACAAUCACUGGAACAGGUCUAUGAGUGGCUAAAGCCAUGGACAGGAAGAAAUGUCUGAGCAACAGCUGAACUAGGUCUUUUUGACUCUACUCAAGGCCUUUGAUUAGAUUAGCCACACCUUUGUAGGAAAGUCAGCUGUUAAUCAUUUACGGCAGCACAAACAGGCAAGUUCUAUGCUGGGUCUACGACUCUCCAGGUGCAGCAAGGGGGUCCCUCGUCACAGGCCAUCAUCUCUUGGACUGGGUACAGAGAAGGCACCAGAAGAAACACCUACUACAAACACAACAGCUUCAGGUAUUUAUAAAAUCCCAUACAGGUCUCCUAUUUCAGGAGAUUAACUGUGGUUAGCAAAAGAGAUGGGAACUUUCUCGGGUGUACAGUCACAGGGGGUUUCUGCCUUUGGGUCUCCAGAACUAGUAUUUAGGCUGCCUGCUUUUUAAAGGCAAGAGAAGCUAUCAGGAACAGCUUUCAUGGCCUGUGUGCCUGUUGGGUAGAGACUGGGCAUGGUGAUCUGCUGUAAUUCCAGAAAACAAAGCAUGAACUGAAUAUAUUUGGCUGCUGAGAAAGAAAGAGAGACUUUAGCAAGCUGAAGUGUGAGCUUGUGCUCGUACUCAAGUGUGACUUGCUGGCGAUGAAACACGCUUUAUAUGGUUAAUCCUAUUCCUUAUAAUAUUAAGGAUACAGACAUAAAGGUCAGCAAGUCAAACAAAUUUUCAAAAAUAAAGACGUCUUCCUGCAUUACAUCUGCAGAGUCACAUUUGAGAGAAAGUGUUAGAAAUAACCCAUCCUUUCCCUUGAGAAGCAAGAAAGCUUUAGAAAAGCCACAAGAUGCUCACAAAGAGAUGCUGAAUGUUCUUUAGAAAGCUGAUGGCCAAGUCAUUAUGCAAAGUAUUGCUAAAAGAUCAAGUGAGUAGAAUCCACUGAGAUCCCUGUUUAAAUUACUGCUAAGUACUUCAAGGAAGGAAAACUUAGGCUUCUAUUGCAGAGUAACAGAAAGUGGUACUGAAGCAAACUGGGAACAGCACACAUUUUUUACAGCACUAGGCUAUUCUAUGCCCUAUGGGAGCUGUACAUGAAGAUCUUUGCUUAUUGUUGGUGGAUUUUUUGUUUGUUUUUAAGUAAGUGUUAACUUAAUCUCCAGUGUGUAUUGGAGUUUAAGUGCCCAACUCCUUUUUGGGGAUCUUUCUGAUGGUAUCAAGCAAGUUCUCUCACUGAACACUUGCCUUUCCUGUAUAGGCUGUACAGUUGACAGAGAUGAAAGGUUCAUACUGAACAUGUUGGGAGAGAUACUACAUGAUAUUACCAAAAAUAUUGCUAAACUAUGAUUAAAAUAAAUCUCAUCUGCCAGCAUCUUGUAAAGCCAGACACCUUCCUCUUUACAUCUCUGUAGAUCUGAUUAUAAAACUGGCCUCAGCUAUCUUUCUUCUGGUUUAUGCUCCCAUUUCUGUGAGGGGUGACUCUCCCUUUUGGAAGAGGGAUGCCUGCAGGCACAGACAGCACACACACACCUAUCCUGGUUUUGGGACUGUGGCUCACAAAGUAGAGAGGAUACACCAACAUCUAUUGUUCUUGUCUACCUCCAGCAGGACAGAAGCCAGCAUGUCAUCAGUGCAAGAGGCAUCCUCAGUUCUGGAAGACCUAAAGAGACUAAUUACAACAAGUGACUGGGCUCUUGGAGGGCUAGUGGUGAUUGGCGUCUUCUGUCUUGUUUUUAUUGCUCUCCUUUUAUUUGCUGCCAUCUUUGGGUGCUGCUCAUCUCCAAGGCACAGAUAGAGCAGUGAAUAAACAGCGAAGCCAAGAUGCAGUACUGGGAGCCCUACGGCAAGAAUCAGCCCAGCUACAGCCCAGUUGUGUUGUCCACAGAAAGCUUUCUCAUCUUCUCUCCCUGGGUGGCUAUUUCUCCACGUGCAGCUUUGCUGCAUCAAGAGCAAUGCACCAAUUGCAACGCAAUGCAGCAAGUUGUUCUGCAAGUCCACAGCAAACGGACUCCAUACAUAAAGCUAUCUUGUAUUCAGGAUCUGCAUAAUUAGCCAAAUGCCAAAGUCAACUCAUCUCUGCCUGGUUUUCAUCUUUCAAGCAAAAUCACAGGUUAGAGGUGGCAAAUGGUCAGCUACCACCUAAAACUGAUCAAGAUGUCUUCUGCUGUUGUGGUUACAAGAGCUUUUUUUCCAUCUUGCAAAUGAGCAACAGGAAACUCUCACCAGCAAAAAGCUUUGUCUAAACCCACUCUCUAAAAGCAGCUUAUACCAUUGUUCUCCUGUCUUACUUGGACAAUAGCCUAAAUAUACUAUGCAAAAACUUGCUUGCCAAGUCUGUCUUUAUUUAGAACCUUGUUCUUUAUUUGUUCUUAUUUUGAACUUUGCAAGGUCAGGUUUUCAGGUUU